CCGCGUCGGACACAAAUUUGAGGCCACAGCCUCCGCCGGAUCCCGCUUCAUUCCAGGUGGAUUGCGCACUCCAGGCCCAGCUCCCGGCUGUGCAUCUCAAACGGAUCUCCCGUCAGUGGGUAUAUGAUCCCUGGGGUCACGCCGAAUCUGCCAAGUUGGGUUCAGGGACGUAAUUUUUCCAAGGGUUUCUCUCUCCAGAAUCGAUAGAGAUUCACGCCCAGAUAGCCAACCGCAUGCUAUGCGUGGCGUUAUUUUACGUGCUCCGAAGACAUUCUGCUAUAUAAGACGCGUUCCAGCCCCUCGUGCCUCAUUCCACACAAUAUCUGUCCGAGCCAUGCCUCCCCAAACUCAAUGGAUACCCAGCCGUUAUCCUCCUGCUCGUCGCUCUGACCACGUGGAUGUAUACAAGAGUGAGGCCAAGGGCGAAGUCCGCGUCCACGAUCCGUACCAGUGGCUUGAGCAGAAUUCAGAAGAGACAGAACAGUGGGUGAACGCGCAGGAAGCUUUCACCUGGGCAUACUUGGACCAGAACCCAGAAAGGCAGACCCUUGAAGAUGCCAUCAGGAAGAACGAGAAGUUUGCGAAGUUUUCUGCACCGAGCUUCAAGUACGACAAAAGAUGGUAUUGGACAUACAAUUCCGGCCUUCAGGGACAUGCUGUUAUCUAUCGUUCAAAGGACUCAAACCUCCCUGAUGUGACGACCGAGCAAGGUCCCGGGGGACAUGUAUUUUUUGACCCGAACCUGCUUUCGGCAGACGGGACCACUGCUCUCUCCGCUAGCUCGUUUUCCCGGUCCGGGGAAUUGUGGGCAUAUGGAAUCUCGCGUUCAGGAAGCGAUUUCUUUACAGUCUAUAUCCGGCCUACCUCCGCUCCUUUUGCUUCGCGUGAUAAUACGGACACGCGCCCAUCGCAUGAUGAUGGACGCCUUCCAGAAGAAAUCCGCUUCGUGAAGUUCUCUGCUAUCACGUGGACUGCAGACUCGAAAGGUUUCUUUUAUCAGCGCUUCCCUGCGCGUGAGUCGCAUGGCUCUGCAGAGAGUGACCUUGCGGGCACGGAGACCGAUUCCGAUAAGAACGCCAUGCUCUACUAUCACCGCAUCGGCACUCCGCAGUCCGAGGAUGUCCUUAUCCAGAAGGAUGCUUCCAAUCCGGAGUGGAUGUGGCAUGCUGAGGUCACUGAACUGGAUGGUCGAUAUAUGAUAUUGACAAUAUCGCAAGACACGUCUCGGAAAAACCUGCUGUGGAUCGCUGAUUUGGAGAAAGAUGCGAUUGACCAGAACAUGCGAUGGGAUAAGCUGGUCAACGAGUACGAGGCUGACUAUCAAUACAUCGCGAAUGAUGGCUCGAAGUUCUACUUGAUGACGAACAAGGGCGCACCUCAAUAUAAGCUUGUGUCCAUCGAUCUAGCUGACCCUCCGGAGAAGCGUGUCUUUAAAGACGUGAUACCCGAGGACAAAGACGCACAUCUAGAGGGUGUCCAUGCCAUCAACGAAAAUAGUCUAAUCGUUACGUACAAACGCAAUGUCAAAGACGAAAUCUAUGUGUACGACAUGUCCGGAAAGAGACUUACUCGCGUCGCAGCCGACUUUGUUGGAUCAGCCCGCGUCACUGGCCGUCGGGAUCAGUCCUGGUUCUUCGCCUCUCUGACAGGGUUCACGACCCCUGGUAUUGUCGCACGGUAUAAUUUCUCCGAGAAGGAGGAGGCGAAACGAUGGAGCAUCUAUAGGACGACCCAGGUUACCGGCUUGAACUCGGACGAUUUCAUCGCGGAUCAAGUCUGGUACGAGAGCAAGGACGGCACGAAGGUGCCCAUGUUCAUUGUCCGACACAAGGACACAAAGCUGGAUGGUACGGCUCCUGCUCUUCAAUAUGGCUAUGGUGGUUUCUCUAUACCUGUGUCGCCAUUUUGGAGCUCAUCUAUUCUCACCUACUUACAAAUGUAUGGAUCUAUUCUGGCUGUGCCUAACAUUAGAGGUGGUUCCGAGUUCGGCGAGGAGUGGCAUCUGGCUGGUACCAGAGAGCGCAAGGCGAACUGCUUUGAUGACUUCAUUGCUGCAUCCGAAUACUUGGUGGAAAAGAAGUUUGCUACUCGUGGCAAGAUCGCUCUUAGUGGCGCGUCCAAUGGAGGCUUGCUUGUGGCGGCCUGCGUAAACCGGGCACCAGAAGGGCUUCUUGGUGCUGGCAUAGCCGAAGUCGGCGUCCUUGAUCUGCUGAAGUUCGCCGAUUUCACUAUCGGGAGGGCGUGGACGUCAGACUACGGCGAUCCGCACAACCCUCAUGACUUCGACUUCAUCUAUCCGAUUUCGCCUCUGCACAAUGUUCCUACCGACAAAGUUCUUCCCGCCACAAUCCUCCUAACUGCGGACCAUGACGACCGGGUGGUCCCGCUCCACUCCUUCAAACACGCGGCGACAUUGCAGCAUCUGCUGCCUAACAAUCCUAAUCCUUUACUUGUCAGGAUAGAUAAGAAGUCGGGGCAUGGAGCGGGCAAGUCGACAGAUAAGAGAAUCAUCGAAGCCGCAGACAAGCUGGGCUUCGUUGCACAGUCGAUGGGUCUGGAGGCAAGACACGUUUUAUAGGAUCGGGGUGAGGGGUGAAUGUGUGAUGCAGUGUUGGGAGGUUUCCGGAAGACAGUCGGCAGCAUAGGCUAAGAACUAGAACUUAUGAGCUAAUAACGGAAUGAGGAAAAACAAGAGUGAACGUGUGAGGCC